CAGUGACUCCAUUCCGCUUUCCCACCUCCUCCGCAAGGAGACUCGACCCCCUAGAUCGACCGUGCCUUCUCUCCCUCUGAAUUCGCCGAUCCUCGGCUCAACAUUCUCCGGCGAUGACUCUUCUCACUCCUCCUCCGAUGGAUCAGGAAGAUGACGACAUGCUAGUUCCUAAUUCCGACUUCCCAGUUGAAGGCCCUCAGCCUAUGGAAGUUGCUCCGGCUGAAGCAACAAACACAGUAGAUGCUCAGGCAGUGGAUGAUCCACCCACAGCUCGGUUCACAUGGACAAUUGAGAAUUUUUCAAGGUUGAAUGCGAAGAAGAUGUACUCUGAAAUUUUCUAUGUGGGAGGAUAUAAAUGGAGGAUACUGAUUUUCCCAAAAGGGAAUAAUGUGGAUCAUUUGUCAAUGUAUCUAGAUGUUGCCGAUUCUUCAACACUGCCAUAUGGAUGGAGUAGAUAUGCUCAGUUCAGUUUGGCUGUGAUUAAUCAGAUUCAUAACAAGUUUACAGUGAGGAAAGAUACCCAACACCAGUUCACUGGAAGAGAGAGUGAUUGGGGUUUCACAUCUUUCAUGCCUCUUAGUGAGCUCUAUGAUCCCAGCAGAGGCUAUCUUGUGAAUGACACAGUCAUAGUUGAAGCUGAUGUGGCUGUGCGUAGGGUGGUCGAUUAUUGGUCACAUGACUCAAAAAAGGAGACUGGCUAUGUUGGACUUAAAAACCAGGGAGCUACUUGUUACAUGAACUCCCUCCUCCAAACAUUGUACCAUAUUCCUUACUUCAGAAAGGCAGUGUAUCAUAUGCCAACAACUGAGAAUGACAAUCCAUCUGGGAGCAUACCUUUAGCUCUGCAGAGUUUGUUCUAUAAGCUCCAAUACAGUGAUACCAGUGUAGCAACAAAAGAGUUGACGAAGUCCUUUGGAUGGGACACAUAUGAUUCUUUCAUGCAGCAUGACGUGCAAGAGCUUAAUCGUGUUCUUUCUGAAAAACUUGAAGACAAGAUGAAGGGAACAGUUGUGGAGGGUACAAUACAACAAUUGUUUGAAGGCCACCAUAUGAACUAUAUAGAAUGUAUCAAUGUGGAUUACAAAUCUACUAGGAAGGAAUCUUUUUAUGACCUUCAACUUGAUGUCAAAGGGUGUCGGGAUGUGUAUGCUUCCUUUGACAAGUAUGUUGAAGUGGAACGCCUUGAGGGUGAUAACAAAUAUCAUGCAGAACAGUAUGGUUUGCAGGAUGCUAAGAAAGGUGUCCUUUUCAUUGAUUUCCCUCCUGUUCUUCAACUUCAGUUAAAGCGAUUUGAAUAUGAUUUUGCACGGGAUACUAUGGUCAAGAUAAAUGACAGAUAUGAGUUCCCUUUGCAACUUGAUCUUGAUAGAGAGAAUGGAAAGUAUUUAUCUCCCGAGGCAAAUCGAAGCAUUCGCAAUCUCUAUACUCUGCACAGUGUUUUGGUACACAGUGGUGGGGUGCAUGGUGGACACUAUUAUGCUUAUAUCCGACCAACUCUCUCUGAUCAAUGGUUUAAAUUUGAUGAUGAACGGGUGACAAAAGAAGAUAUGAAGAGGGCGUUGGAAGAGCAGUAUGGUGGUGAGGAAGAGUUACCACAGACAAAUCCUGGAUUUAACAACUCGCCAUUCAAGUUUACAAAAUAUUCAAAUGCAUAUAUGCUUGUGUACAUUCGGGAAUGUGAUAAAGACAAAAUAAUUUGUAAUGUGGAUGAGAAUGACAUUGCAGAGCACCUUAGGAUAAGACUAAAGAAAGAACAAGAAGAAAAGGAACAAAAGAGGAAGGAGAAAGCAGAGGCUCACCUUUAUACGAUCAUCAAGGUUGCUCGUGAUGAGGACCUUCGGAAUCAGAUUGGAAGGGACAUAUUCUUUGAUCUUGUGGAUCAUGAUAAAGUUCGCAGUUUUCGUGUUCAGAAACAAAUGCCAUUCAAUGUAUUCAAGGAAGAAGUUGCCAAGGAAUUCGGUAUACCAAUGCAAUAUCAGCGUUUCUGGUUAUGGGCAAAGCGACAGAACCAUACAUAUCGUCCGAAUCGAUCAUUGACAGCUCUAGAGGAAACUCAGUCUGUUGGGCAGCUGAGAGAAGUAUCAAAUAAGGCAAAUAAUGCUGAGCUAAAAUUGUUUUUGGAAGUUGAACUUGGCCUGGAUUUAACACCUAUUCCUCCACCAGAGAAGACCAAAGAUGAUAUUCUUUUGUUUUUCAAAUUUUAUGACCCUCUGAAAGAGGAGAUACGGUAUGUUGGAUGUCUUUUUGUCAAAGCCAGUGGCAAGCCAUUGGAAAUUUUGACAAAGCUCAAUGAGUUGGCUGGAUUUUCCUUGGAUGAGGAAAUCGAACUCUUUGAGGAAAUAAAGUUUGACCCUAAUGUUAUGGUUGAACACAUUGACAAGAAGGUCAGCUUUCGUGCAAGUCAGCUUGAAGAUGGAGACAUUAUUUGCUUUCAGAAGUCUUUUCACAGUCAAAGCAGUGAGCAAUGCCGUUUCCCUGAUGUUCCUUCAUUUUUGGACUACAUGCAUAAUCGGCAGGUUGUUCGCUUCCGUUCUCUGGAGAAACCUAAGGAGGACGAGUUCAGUCUUGAACUGUCAAAGCAGAAUAACUACGAUGAAGUGGUUGAAAGUGUAGCUCGCCAUCUUGGCUUGGAUGAUCCAUCGAAAAUUAGGCUUACAUCUCAUAACUGUUAUUCCCAGCAACCAAAGCCCCAACCAAUAAAGUACCGGGGAGUGGAGCGUCUUACUGAUAUGCUCAUUCACUAUAAUCAGACUUCUGAUAUUUUGUAUUAUGAAGUCUUGGAUAUACCUUUACCAGAACUGCAAUGCCUGAAAACUCUUAAAGUUGCUUUUUAUAGUGCGGCCAAGGAUGAAGUAACUAUUCAUACUAUUAGGUUGCCGAAACAAAGUACAGUGGGAGAUGUCCUCAAUGACCUCAAAACAAAGGUGGAGUUGUCUCAUCAAGAUGCUGAGCUAAGAUUGCUGGAGGUUUUCUACCAUAAGAUUUAUAAGAUUUUCCCUCCCCAAGAAAGGAUUGAAAACAUCAACGAUCAGUAUUGGACAUUACGUGCCGAGGAGAUUCCUGAAGAGGAGAAAAAUCUUGGUCCUCAGGAUCGUUUGAUUCAUGUUUAUCAUUUUAUGAAGGAUGCAGCUCAGAAUCAAGCUCAUGUUCAGAAUUUUGGUGAACCCUUCUUCCUUGUUAUUCAUGAGAGGGAGACAUUAGCUGAUGUUAAAACACGCAUACAGAAGAAAUUACAAGUUCCCGAUGAGGAGUUUUCAAAGUGGAAGUUUGCAUUUUUGUCCUUGGGUCGGCCUGAGUAUCUACAGGACAGUGAUAUUGUGGCUAACCGUUUUCAAAGAAGAGAUGUUUAUGGUGCUUGGGAACAGUACCUUGGAUUAGAGCAUACUGACAAUACACCUAAAAGAUCAUAUGCCGCCAACCAGAACCGACACAUAUUUGAGAAGCCGGUUAGAAUCUACAACUAGAGAGAUUAUGCGAAACCUUGAGCUGCAUCUGCGUUGGCUGGACAACAAGUACCCGACAUGUACAAUUUUGUGUAAAGAGGCGGGAAAAUUUAAUUGGAACAGUUGGGCAGUCGCAUAAUUCUUUUUUUUUUUUUUUUUUUUUUAAACAUUAUGUUCAGAAUACAAGUUACAAUCUAUCUAGGGAAAAAAAACUGGCUUUGUUUCAAUUGUAAGUUAGGAAAUACAGAUGAUUUUGACAAGGCAUGUAUAGAUUGGUACAAUUGUUUGUUUUGGCCUAUAUUCUUCCUUCAGGCUUUUGACUUAUAUGGGCGGACAAAAAUAGACAACUUUUUAAACUUUGACAAA